AUGGAUCACAAAUAUGAUGCAGGUGGUAGUUCUGGUGGAAGGGGUAGUGGUCAAAGAAUGCCAAAAGGGUCAGGUAUUGCUAAUGUUUUUUGUCGAUCACAAUCCGUGCGUAAAACUGGUGGGAGUGGACGUAAUUGGAUUAAGCCCAAUGCUCCUGAAGCAAGGUUGAGGGCAAUGGAUGUAGAACUCCAAAAGAGCAAGAUUGAUUCAGAGUAUACACAACCCAUACUUGAUGUUGCUGCUAAAGUAGGGCCAAGAGUAAAAGGUCCUAGUGCUUAUGAAGUUUCUGAAGUAUAUUUGGGCAUUGAGCACGAUGAAAUGACAGAAUGGAUAGGAUCAUUCAAGGGAAUUUGGGUAGAGAGAGGUGUAUCCAUCAUAUGUAAUGGUUGGAGCAGUCUAACCCGGCAACACAUCAUCAACUUCUUAGUGUACUGCAAUAGAGGUAUUAUAUUUCACAAAUCAAUUGGUGCCUCUAAUAUUAUUAGUAGGACUGCUGAAUAUUAUUUUGGAUUGUUAGAUAAAGUUGUUGAUGAAAUUGGAGAACAAUACGUUGUUCAAGUGGUAACUGAUAAUGAACCUGCACUGAAAGCAGCCGGUAAAAUGUUAAUGAGAAAAAGGAAACAUUUAUAUUGGACAGCUUGUUCAGCACAUUGUAUCGAUCUCAUGCUAAAAGACAUAGCCAAUAAGAAAAGUGUAGCAAAGGUGAUUGAAGAUGGUAAAACCAUCACCAAUUUCAUUUAUAAUAGUGGAUGGGUGUUGGAUUUAAUGAGAAAAUUCACUGGAGGUAGAGAAUUGAUUCGACCUGCCAUCACUCGAUUUGCUACAAAUUUUAUUGCCAUUGAGAGUAUUGUUAGAUAUAAACAACAAUUGAGAGCUAUGUUUAAUAGUGAUGAGUGGAAGAAUUCUAGAUGGGGGAAGGCAAAGACUGGGCAGCCUUACAAUGUGAAAAAAAUUAUUUUGGGAAAGGAGUUUUGGCAGAAAGCAACAGAGCUUUGUAAAGUUCAUGAGCCCCUAGUCAGAGUAUUGAGGCAACAAAACCAAGCAAAAGCACUUUCAAGAGCUCCACCUAGAGCUCCUAGAACCUCAACCCAAUUGCAUCAAGAUUUGCAUGCGGUUGGAUAUUUUUUAAAUCCUCAAUUCCAAUAUGGUGUUACCUCAUCCAAUGAAAUGAUAAGAGAAGUGAUGGAUGGACUUAAAAAAGUAAUUACCAGACUGGAGCCUAAUAUGGAUGCUCAAGUGAAAGCAACAAAUCAAGAAACGUUUGGCACUCCUUUAGCACAAAGAGCAUGGAAACAAUCAAACCCAGCUGAGUGGUGGAUUAUUCAUGGCAGUUGUGCUCCUGAACUUCAAAAAAUAACUGUGAAAACAUUAAGUCAAACCACUACAUCAUCUCACUGUGAACGUAAUUGGAGUACUUUUAGUCUCAUCCAUACAAAGACGAGGAAUAGAUUGAAAUAUAAGAAAACUCAAAGAUUAGUCUUCAUCACCUACAACAUGAUAUUAAAAUUGAGACACGUUAAAAGAAGCAGCCAAGAAGAGAUUGAUAGGAGUUUUAAUCCUAUUAACUUGGAUUACAUAUUUGAAGAAGAUGAUCCAAUAAGUCCAUGGAUAGAAGAAAGAGAAAAUCAUUUACUAGAUGGUGUGGAUAAUUCUAAAUGGCUAGAUUUGGUCUCAGCUGAUGAUGGUGGUGGCGAUGGCAGCGAUGGAAACAAUGGUGGUGGCACUCAUAAAUAUCAAGCUCAACGCACUUCUCAAAACUAA